AUGAAUUGGUUUGCAACAACGAUUUAUUACUUUUGCGUCUUAGCUUCGAUAGAAGUAGAAAUGGUCAGAAAUUUACCUUCGGUGAUUGAUGAAACGGAAAAGAGUCGCAUUGACGAGAAUGAGCGGUUUCAUUUAAUUGGCCCAUCUGAGAAAAAUUGGACAUUUCAUCAUUUAGAUUUUAAUGAUUCCAUUAUUAUACGUUUAAGGCAUACACAUUAUGAAUAUUCUAAAUCAAAUAAAACUAUGAGUGAACUUAAAUUAAACUUUUUGGAUAUGAAAGGUUCACGUGUAUUUUAUACAAAGCUUAACCCUGGCGAUACUUGGCUUAUUAUGGGUUGCACUUUACCUUAUUAUUCAGGUGGUUAUCAUUAUGGCACUGAUCACUAUAGAAAUUAUUAUGAAUUUGUGUUCAUAUUCUCAGUUUAUGGUAUAUUGGUAUAUCACGAUGAAAGGUAUUUUAGGUAUAUGUCGCUCUGCAUUAAUGAAACUCAAGAUAUUGUCAAAUUCAGUUACUAUUUAAAUGGUAUAAAAGAUUUUGAAGCAAUAUUGGAAGUACGACCUAAAAGAGCUCGAAUCCCAGGCGAUUGGCAUCUUGUAAAACCGAUUCCAAUUGGUAGCAAAAUUGUUAUCAAAUAUUGUCUGGGUGAUAGAGUUGGGAAGAGUAUAAUAGUAAUUCGAUUAGCAGACAAGAAUGGAAUAGCAGCACUUACUGUAACUAUAGACUAUACAAUAGGUAUGCUUUUCACAAGGCGCGUUGGAUUGGACGACAAAGACUUAGAAUGCGUUAAUUUUUCAACUAGCAUACGGUAUAUUUUGAAUAUGCUGGGUAGAAUUGAAAUUGCCGUAUUCGCCCAUCAAUAUAAGGUUACUAUGUUAAUGGGUGGAAAAUAUAAAGAAAGCAAGGAACCAGCUACGAGAGAAUGUAUGAUUUAUGGCCAUCAUUUAUCUCCAUACGACAUUCAGCAAACUGUUUUUGAUUCAGCAAAUAAAAAAAACGUAUUUUAUGCUCAUUAUAUAGAAACAGUGUGA